CGACCAAUCCCCAACCAAUGGUUGUCAUAUAAUUUAUCGACUUUUAUUGGAAAGCCUUUGUCGAAAGUUGAAAUUACCUACAAGCUUAUACAAGUUCAAGAUGAAUUAAGUUUGCUUGAUUUAUUUCAUUACAUAAAUAAUUCUUAUAUUUUUAACAAUAUCAAUCGUAUUAAUGCAAUUUCGAGAAACAUGACCGAUAGAUCUAUAGCGUCUCGCCCAAGCUUGGAGCAGGUGGUAGCCAUUGUAGACUUUAUGGAAAAGCAUCCAGCUCUCGCUCUUGGCCAGUUGAGGGGGCUUGAGGGGCGGGAUGAAAGCAAGAAGCUGUGGUUUGAGCUGACCAGAAUAGUCAAUAAUAUUUCUGGACCAACAAGACCUAUGAAGUCAUGGAUUAAAUACUGGGCAGAUAAGAAGUCCAGUGUGAGAAGUAAGGUUCUAGCUAUAGACGGGGAUCCCAACGGCCUUUCUUCAAAUGUUGAGAAGAAAAUAUGGGACCUGUUUCUGGCCAAUGAUUCUCCACCAAAAUCCCGCAGAACAUCAGUGAAGCAGGAAUCUCAUUAUGCUGAGGAGACAUUUUUUGGAGAUGGAACAGAACAGAAUCAAGACAAAGAACCUGUUUUGGGUUUUGAGGACUCUGCCAUGGAUACUGAAGACAGACAAAUGGCCAUAAUGGAGAAAUUGGUAACAGUGAUGAGCGCCCAGUCGUCGUCGCUGUCGCAGCUGGCGCACGCGGCGGCCGCCGGGUCGCAGGCCAUGGACCGACUGGCUGAGGCCUCCAUGAUACAGAAUAUUUGUAGGCGCAUGCCAUAGAGCGCUUGGCGACGACACUAGAGAGCGCGGGCGCGGCGUCGCGUGACGCGCGCGCCGCGCUGCGCGACAUCGACGCGACUGUGAAGCGCUUCUACACCGCCUCCCCCACCUAGCACAGGUAUAUGCCCAAUGACCACAACGGCCAUAGGUUUAUAAACAGUUAGAGUGGACAUCUAUACUAUUAUUAUAAAGAUAUAAUCGUUUGAGAGUUUGUAUGUUUGAGGCGGGUAAUCUCCGAAACUACCGAACCGAUUAUACAAAUUCUUUCACCAAUAAAAAGGUACAUUGUCCAAGAUUGCUAUAGACUAUAUUUUAUCUCAAAAUUCCCACGGGAGCGAGGCCCCGGGCAACAUCUAGUUAUUAACAUUGUCUAUGGAAAUGUCGACAAUAGUUUUGUAAUAGUAGAUCGUUUAGAAGAUGAAAUAUAUAUUAAUAAUGUCUAUUUCACACGAUAGUUUUAAUUGAAUUUGACCUUAUAAAUAAAUUAACAGAAUGACAAGGCCUGCCGAUCAAAUUUGGAAACUUGUUUGGAAAAUGUAGUUUAUAUCGAGUAUUGUAUAGAGAAGAAGUAAGAGAUUUCCACAAGAGUACAAGUUUAACACGUCACUGUACAGCGUGUUUGUAAAUCUACCCGUUUUAUGCGGGGCAUGUGUUUUAUGAAUGGUACAAAAACAUUUGUUAUAGUUGAAUGGUAGAAUAAAAAUGUGAUUGAAUUAACAAUCAUUUCAAACAUCAGUCAUCGGACAGUUUAAACUAAUUUUAUAUAACUUAUGUAUGUAUUUUUAUAUUAAUCUAAGUCAAGUAUUACUUAUAGCUUGAUGUAAAUAAAAUAUUUUGUAAUAACUAUUAUGGUUAUAACUACAGUCGGUAAUAUUGUGUAAAUUGUGCUUUCUCGGCUAAACAGCUCGGUCGAUUUUGAUGAAAUUUGAAUAUAUUUCAUAAUGUUAUUGACCUGAAGUCAAACAUAGCUACCGCGGGCGGAAUUGCGGGUAACAACUAGUGUGUGUGUGUAUAGCCUUAGAUAUGUUUCAAUAGUAGUCAUUUUACACAUUAGUAACAACAUGCGUGUAAACACAACUAAUUAAUCAAUAUCAAGACAAUUAGCGUUAGAAGAAUCAACAAUCUGUAAACCAAAUAAACGUAGGUAGAUGAUUAAUAUUAUAACAAAUUAUCUAAAUUUGGUGGUUCAAUAUAUUUCGCCUGAAAUGGCCUGUCCAUAUUCAAAGUGCCCGGGCAUUAUUAAUAAUGUUAUAAUAAAUCAAUUACAAGCUUUUAUUUGGUUUCACCGUAUAUAUUCUGAUAUCUAUGAUUUCAUCUGUCCCGUUGUCUGUCUAUAAUCAAACUUGCAAGAAGUUGGAUUUCUCCUACUUCCAGUUGACCUACAGAGUUGAAAUUUCCCACGUCGCUUCAGUUAAUUUGAGUCUUAAACCAGAUAAAUGACAUAAGAAUCUCAUAACGACAAUAUUGUGAUGAUGAUCUUGUACAUAGACUGUACUUAGUAAAUAUAAGACACAAGUUUAUACAAAGUUUUGUGGAAUAUGAAUGAAAUAAAUCAAUUUGUUAUUACUUAA